GGCCUACUUCUCUCUUUCGAGUUUACCACCAAAUGUAAAGGUACCCGCAUAUUAUUCAAAGCUUUUCUGCUCCGCACGCGCAAUCGCGCUCGGAUGUUGGAGGUGCGUCAGUCCGAGCAGGUUGGUUGUCAGUACCCUAGUUGCCACCCUCGCCAUGCACCUUCUGCAGUACCAAGGCAAUGACAACUUUCGGCUUGUCUAUCGCGUUGAUGAGAAAAUACCGCCUUACGCUAUCCUUUCGCACACGUGGGGAAAUGAAGAGGACGAAGUUACCUUCCAAGACGUGAUCAAUAACACCUACACGAAGAAGAAGGGUUAUCGGAAACUCCAGUUUUGUGCGAAACAGGCAGCUGUAGAUGGUCUAGACUUCUUCUGGAUCGAUACAUGUUGUAUCGAUAAAUCUAGCAGCGCAGAGCUUCAAGAAGCUAUUGGCUGCAUGUUCCGUUGGUAUAGGGACUCAGCAAAAUGCUACGUAUAUCUUGAAGACGUUUCGAAUGAUUCAUUCGAGUAUUGGGACGAUCAUGAGCAUGAUUACUCGUUGCAAUUCCAAGAGAGUAGGUGGUUCACCAGGGGAUGGACACUCCAGGAGCUUCUUGCACCAAAAAACGUCAAGUUUUAUACCAAACAAGGUGGUCUGAUCGGAAGAAAGUCGGGCAUGGUUGAUUGGAUCGCCGAAAUCACGGGUAUUCCUACGGAAGCUCUGCAGUUUACACCGCUGUCGCACUUUAGUAUCGACCAGAGAAUGAAGUGGUCAGAGGGACGGAAGACAACGCGUCAGGAAGAUCUGGCCUAUUCGCUACUAGGCAUAUUUGACAUACAAAUGACACUCUACUAUGGUGAGGGCAGGGAAAGAGCGUUCGAGCGACUGGAAAGAAAGAUAAGAAAAUCUCAACACGUCGAUGGCUCCAGACUUCAGCAACCAGAGCCCAUCGCCCUUCGGUCUGACCAUUUCGGAUAUGUUUUGCGUAGCUCCACAAUGCUACACGAGACAGACUAUCAGUACAGUCUUCUGAUGGGCAAUGACUCGAACGAGACCGGAAAGCCAGAUCUAUGUGCAGUGAAGAGAGGUGAUACCAACUCUCAAAACCUUGAGGUCAACCUCCUCUACGGAGCUUACGAUUACCAGAAAUUCGUCCUCAGGAUCGCGAUACCGAAUCUCACAUCAAUGCGAGAACAUUGGACCAUGGCCGGACAAAUGAAUCCUGGACCAAUGGAUUUCUUCCUCGCAGACUGGAGUGGCGAUGGUACUUUGGAUCUUGUCAUGAUCAAGAAGUCCUACACUGGUACACAAGUUCGUAUAUUUUCUAGUGCCGACAAGUUGCAGACAAUAUUAUUUGAAGGUGAAACAAAUCUCGGUAAAACGGACCAUACAUGGACUUUUGGCAUGGGGAAAUGGGGCGAGGGCGAAAAACCGGAUCUGAUAGCGAUCAAGAAGUCCAAUACUGUGACGAAGACCACCGAAGUGUACAUUCUGAGAGGGGAUGAUUGCUUCAAGACCGUCAAACUGUACACUCAGACUGCCCUACACGAGACAGAUUCGAAAUGGGACUUUGUUGUCGCUGACUGGAAUGGAGAUGGAAAGCCUGAUCUAGUCGCCAUCAAAAAGAGCGAGACAGCUACCAAAUGCACAGAGGUGCAUGUGUUAUCUGGGGCAUCUUCGUUUAAAGAAUUCAGCUUACGAGCGGAAACGCCGUUGUUCAAAAGCCACGGUCUAUUCGAGUUUGCAGUAGCGGAUUGGACUAGAAAUGGAAAGUCGGAUUUGAUUGCAUUCAAGAAGAGGGAAACCGCGACUGGUAACACAGAGGUGCGUGUCAUGAGUCAGUUGGUCUAACAUCGCUGGUAUAAACCUUCAGAAGUACCGUAAUGUACGCUCUAUCUCAGCGAACUAAACCUACAAGAACACAGUUGGCCGUAGAGUCUGGCUGUGAGCGAGCGUCACAUGAUCGUCUCAACAAGGCGAAUCGUACUGAUUGGUGUUGAUCGUAGCAACCUCUUAACUUUACUGCUGCCUGGAGCGAUAGCACCAGCCAAUCCGAACCCGUAUGUUAUGUAUCUGUCGUGGUGAAUUCUGAGAGAGGCAAGUUUUGUAAACACCGUUGAUCAACAC